CGCCACACUGCCCGCCAGAGGUCACGUGUGACUGGAGUGGUACCCACUCCGCACCCCUCGACCCCUCGCAGUCCAGUGAGGCCUGACACCGGCAAGCGUCUAUUUCAUUCUGCGGCAUUAUUUUAUUAACUUGAGGCCAAAAAAUUGUCCAAGUGACUUGUCGUACUCUAUCUUCGUCCUCCAAGACGAAAUGUCAACGUGGUCAUCGUCUCCGUCCACGUUACGACAGGCGCCGCUGCCUACAUUCUCUGACACAGCAGAGACUAUGCGAGAGCUCCGGACAUACUCUCUGACCAUCCUUGCGGUCUUUCUUGUCUCUCUAUGUGCCGCAUCCUUUCCCACACUCUCCAAACGUAUCUCGUUCCUCCGUAUACCUCCCAUCGUGUUCUUCAUUGGCAAGCACUUCGGAACGGGCGUCAUAUUAUCUACCGCGUUUACCCAUCUUCUGCAAGACGCCUUCGAGGCGCUGAGAGAUCCCAUCGUACGCGCACAAUGGAAGAUAGGCAAACAUACAGGCUUGAUAGUAUUAGGGUCCCUGUUGUUCAUCUUUUUGAUCGAAUAUACGUCCACGGCGUAUGUGGACCGUCUCCAAUCAUAUAGUUCACCCACCGUCACGCCAGGGUCCACCCCUCGCAACCUCUCGCACUCCCGGAACGAUGAAAGUGAUCAAGAAGAGGCGUCAGGAUGCUCACAAACACCUGUCAAACUUAUAAACAACGUACAGAAUCACGACCGGGAACACCAGCCUCUACUGAAUCCCAGAGCAGAUCGUCACUGUUAUGAUAACGAUAACAAUCACAAACCUAUCUCGACUUUGGUCACCCAGCUCAACACGUCUACAGACAGCGCCCAACAGGACGGGACGCGGACAGAUUUGCAAACUCCAUCGCACCCUCAACAAUAUCAAUGCUCACACUCGCAUCCACAGCGCCAUUCCUCAAAUUACGGCGCAACGACUUCACAAGCCGACGGUAACCCGCAUGCAACGUACCGUGACGGUCAUGUGCUACCGACUUCUAGCGGUGUGCCCACCAUAAUCGAGGGCCACCAUAGACACGAGCCACGUACGGCCCACUCGGCACACCAUGAGCGAGGGCCACGGUUGCCUUAUUUUUAUGGUCCUGACGAAUUUGGACCGGGAAUGACACUUGACGUUGGAGGGACACAUCGUCACGAUAUCGAGCACACGCACCAACAUCGUCAUAGUGACGUCGGGAACGAGCUCAGGAUUGGGAAGAAGAGACAGAUAGUUGGGAUACUCGUAUUGCAAUUCGGGAUUAUGAUCCACUCGUUCGUCAUUGGGCUCACUCUCGCAAUCAAGACCGGAUCCGAUUUUGCAUCGCUCCUUGUAGCUGUCAUCUUCCAUCAACUCUUCGAAGGCCUGUCGCUCGGCAUUCGCAUUGCAUCGCUCCCGUCAUCCUCAUCUUCCGGCGCGCUUCCCAACACCGAAGGCGAAGGACACGGCCGUUCAAUGAGCCCAACGCUUCGCGAUAUCAACGUCGAACUCGGUUUCACGGCGCACCCACGCAAUACAAAGAAUAGAGAAUGGGAUUUUAUCGAUAUCUUAAAACCGACCCUGGCAUGUUCGUUUGCAGUGGCGACGCCUGUGGGUAUUGGGUUGGGGAUGAUCCUGUUUGGGAUUGGGGGUGAUUCCGCUCACAUGCGCCUCAUACAAGGCCUUAUGUCCGCCAUAUCUGCCGGUAUGCUCAUCUACGCUGCGUGCGUCGAGAUGCUCGCUGCGGACUUCGUCAUGGACCCGACGCUCUGGAGAAGUGGGUGGAGGAGACAGUGUGUGGCCUUGGGAAGCUUGCUUGUGGGUGCCAUUGGGAUGGGCGUCGUGCCGUAGGAUACAUGACAAACUUAGGUGAUUGAGGGCCUACCUCGCUCCACCUCGUCCCAUCAUAGGCGGGUGAUAGUAA